AUGUGCGGUAGCAGACACCAGGUGGCGCACAACGAUGUUACCUCUAGCACUGGCCUGCUGUCACUCAACCCUUCUCUGACCAAUCAGAGCGGGCCUAAGCUCCUCCCUCCCUCCCUCCUUCCCCGCGGAGGGUCGGAGACUCCGUGCAGAGGAGGAGAGAGUUCUUCUUUCCGAGUCCAUCCGCAGGCUGCCCGUCUCCUUCUGCUCCCUCUCAGUGCAGAGCUGCCGAAUCAGUACCCCCCUCCCCUUCAGCUCUACAAUGGAGAGAGGGGAAAUGUUGGCACUAUGUCUGCUGUGCUGGAGCUGCAGCGUGUGUGUGGUAACAGCCAUCCAGAGGGCUGAUAUGUUUCCUUAUGGCACUUUAAGUGGAGAUUUAAUUCUGGCAGAGGGCGACGAUGAGACCUCCAGAGUGCUGCCCCUGCCCAAGACCUUAUACUUCUACAGCUCCCCCUUCACCCAGCUCUAUGUGGCCACCAAUGGUAUUAUAUCAGCGCAGGACUUGCCGAUGGAGAAGCAAUACGUGGACGAUGGCUUCCCCACAGAUUUCCCCGUGGUGGCGCCAUUCCUGGCUGACAUUGACACCAGCGGAGGGCGAGGACAGAUUUACUACCGGGUGACAGAAACACCCAGCGUGCUCAACAGAGUGGCCCAGGAAGUACACCGAGGGUUCCCAGAUGCAAAAUUCACACCCACAUACGCUGUGGUGGCAACAUGGGAGAAUGUGGCGGCAUAUGAAGAAGAAACUCGGACCACUGCACCUUCAAGCAAGCUCAACACGUUCCAGGCUGUGAUUGGUUACGAUGAGACCGACUCAUACGUUCUCUUCCUCUACCCUGAAGGUGGCCUGAACUUCUUUGGGACACGGCCCAAGGAGUCCUAUAACGUCGAGAUAGAGCUUCCUGCUCGAGUCGGCUUCAGCAGAGGAGAAGUUACAUAUUUAAUCUUUUCCCGAACGGAGGGGCCUCACUACAGUGUUACAAGCAAUGAGCAGAGCGUUAAAAACCUUUACCAGGUUGGUAACACAGGAAUCCCAGGUAUAUGGCUUUUCCACACUGGGAACCAUUACUCUUUUGACAACAUUGUUCCUGCAUCCAUCGGUGGCCUCCUUGCUACAUCACCGCCUGGAGGACAUGGCCUCCCCCUGGACACCACCACCCCUGACUUUGAGGAGUAUCCAGAUAAUACCUUUGACCUUAAUAACAAAGAGGAGGAGGAGGAGGAGGACGAUUACCCACUGACAGACGGGGACCCUGAAUUCCAGACAGCCCCUGCUGGUGGUGACCACUCAAAGUCUCUUCAACCAGCAAGUCCUGAUGCUGCCUCCUCUCCUUCAGAGAGGUCAGAUCCCGGUCCUCAGGUGCUGCACCGCAGCAAAGAUGUACCGCUGAACUCUGAACCCAGGUACGGUUCGGAGCCGGAAGAGAGGCAGUAUGCUCCUCCUAAUCCUCCAGAGGCUGUAGCAGAGCAAGGUGCUCAGCAGAUCCAGGAACAGCAACCACAGGAUGUGUACCCCCAUCACAGUAAAGAACCACGUCUUUCCCCUGGAGGUCACGUCGUCAGCGUGGAUGAAGAAGAUGUUGAUUUUGACACAGGAGUGAUCCGUUACACUACAGAGAAUAAGGAAACAUGUGCCAGCUUCCAGCAGCAGUGCUCCCAGCAUGCAUUUUGCUCUGACUACGCCACAGGCUUCUGCUGUCACUGCCGGCCCGGCUUCUAUGGAAACGGACGCCACUGUCUACCUGACGGUGCUCCCCAGCGUGUUAGCGGGAAGGUGAGCGGCACCGUGACCGUGGGAUCGACUCCGGUACAGCUGAACAACAUUGACCUUCAUGCCUACAUCGUGGUGGGAGAUGGGAGGGCGUACACUGCCAUCAGCGAGGUACCUGAGCCAGUGGGCUGGGCUCUGAUGCCGGUCGCUCCCAUAGGAGAGCUGUUCGGAUGGCUGUUUGCUCUGGAGCUGCCCAACAGCCAGGCAGGGUUCAAAAAUGCAGGUGCUGAGUUCACUCGUCAUGCAGAGGUGAUCUUUUACCCCGGCAACCAGCGUCUGUCAAUCAUUCAGACGGGCCGUGGCCUUGACGACCACAACCACCUCACCGUGGACACUGUACUCAGUGGCAGUGUGCCCUUCCUACCUCCUGGAGCAGAGGUUACCAUGGAUCCCUUCAAGGACACCUACCAGUACUACCCAUCCGUUGCUACCUCCACGUCAGUGAGGGAGUUUUUAGUCGUUUCAGCAGAGCGAGGCUCAGAGUCCUUCUCCUUCCAGCUGAAACAGAACAUCACCUACCGCGACUGUCAGCAUGACAACCGCCCCGCUGCCCUGGAGACGCUGCAGAUCGCCAUGGAGAGGGUGUUUGUGAUGUACGUCAAGGAGGAGCGGAUCCUGAGAUACGCCAUCACCAACAAGAUCGGCCCAGUCGGAGUUGAGCCAACGGAGCCGGAGCUGGUCAACCCCUGCUACGCUGGGAACCACGACUGCGACACCACAGCCCAGUGUGUCCCACUCGAGGGCCAGGCCUUCCAGUGCCAGUGUGCUACUGGUUACAGAGGGGACGGACGCAACUGUUACGACAUAGAUGAGUGCGCCGAGGGGUUGAGCUCCUGCGGCGCUCAUGCUCAGUGUGUGAACCUGCCUGGAAGCCACCGCUGCCAGUGCCAGAGCGGCUUUGAGUUCGGCUACGACGGGCGUACCUGUGUGGAUAUGGAUGAGUGCAGUUCCUCUCCGUGUCACAGCAACGCCAGGUGUAUCAAUGGCCUGGGGUCUUUCCAGUGUCAGUGCCAGCCUGGGUUUUAUGGUGAUGGUUUCCACUGUUCCCAGCAGGAAGGACAGACAGCUCGUCCAAUGAGCCUGUGUGAGCUUCACAGAGACAGUCUGCAGAGCGGUGUGGAAGUUAAGGGACUGCCGAUUCUCGGAGCCUUCAUCCCUCAGUGCGACUCUGACGGACGGUACCGACCACUGCAGUGCCACGGCUCCACUGGACAUUGUUGGUGUGUGGACAGUCAGGGACAGGAGAGACCAGGAACCAGGACGCCACCUGGUACAGCACCCAAAGACUGUGACAGAGCAGAUGAUCUGCUACGUCCUAAAACUCUGUGUGAGCAGCAGAGAGACAGUGUUCAGACCAUCAGUCCAGAGGGAUAUCCUUUAUUUGGAGCCUUUGCACCUCAGUGUGAUGCUAAUGGACAGUACACACCACAGCAGUGUCAUAGUUCCACUGGACAUUGUUGGUGUGUGGACAGUAAUGGAGAGGAGAUAUAUGGGACAAGAACAGCAGCCGGUGAAACACCCAGAGACUGUGGCAAACCAGAUGAACCAGAGCGUCUCAAAACUCAGUGUGAGCACCACAGAGACAGUGUUCAGACCACCAGUCCAGAGGGAUAUCCUAUAGUUGGAGCCUAUGUACCUCAGUGUGAUGCUAAUGGACAGUACAGAUCGUUACAGUGCCACGGCUCCACUGGACAUUGUUGGUGUGUGGACAGUCAGGGACAGGAGCGAGCAGGAACCAGGACACCACCUGGUACAGCACCGAAAGACUGUGACAGACCAGAUGAACCAGAGCGUUCUAAAACUCACUGCGAGCAGCACAGAGACAGUGUACAGAACGUCAGAUAUCCUAUAGAUGGAGAAUAUGUUCCUCAGUGUGAUGCUCACGGAGAGUACACACCACUGCAGUGCCACGGCUCCACUGGAUACUGUUGGUGUGUGGACAGCAGAGGAGAGGAAAGAGCGGGAAGCAGGACACCACCCGGUGCACCACCUACAGACUGCGACAAACCAGAGCGUCUCAAAACUCCGUGUGAGCAGCAGAGAGACAGUGUUCAGACCAUCAGUCCAGAGGGAUAUCCUUUAUUGGGAGCCUUUGCACCUCAGUGUGAUGCUAAUGGACAGUACACACCACAGCAGUGUCAUAGUUCCACUGGACAUUGUUGGUGUGUGGACAGUAAUGGAGAGGAGAUAUAUGGGUCAAGAACAGCAGCCGGUGAAACACCCAGAGACUGUGGCAAACCAGAUGAACCAGAGCGUCUCAAAACUCAGUGUGAGCACCACAGAGACAGUGUUCAGACCACCAGUCCAGAGGGAUAUCCUAUAGUUGGAGCCUAUGUACCUCAGUGUGAUGCUAAUGGACAGUACAGAUCGUUACAGUGCCACGGCUCUACUGGACAUUGUUGGUGUGUGGACAGUCAGGGACAGGAGCGAGCAGGAACCAGGACACCUCCUGGUACAGCACGCAAAGACUGUGACAGACCAGAUGAACCCGAGCAUCCUAAAACCCAGUGUGAGCACCACAGAGACAGUGUUCAGAGCACCAGUCCAGAGGGAUAUCCUAUAGUUGGAGCCUAUGUACCUCAGUGUGAUGCUAACGGACAGUACACACCACAGCAGUGCCACGGCUCCUCUGGACAUUGUUGGUGUGUGGACAGUCAGGGACAAGAGAGAGGAGGAACCAGGACACCACCUGGUACAGCACGCAAAGACUGUGACAAACCAGAUGAACCAGAGCGUCCAAAGACAUACUGUGAGCAGCACAGAGACAGUGCUCAGUCCACCAGUCCAGAGGGAUACCCUAUAACUGGAGCCUAUGUACCUCAGUGUGAUGCUAAUGGACAGUACACACCUCAGCAGUGUCACGCUUCCACUGGACAUUGUUGGUGUGUGGACAGUAACGGGCAGGAGAGAGCAGGAACCAGGACACCACCUGGUGCACCACCUAGAGACUGUGACAAACCAGAUGAACCAGAGCGUCCGAAAACUCACUGUGAAUACCACAGAGACAGAGGACAGAGCACCAGUCCAGAGGGAUAUCCUAUAGUUGGAGCCUAUGUACCUCAGUGUGAUGCUAACGGACAGUACCUACCUCGACAGUGUCAUGGUUCCACUGGACAUUGUUGGUGCGUGGACAGUCAGGGACAGGAGCGGGCAGGAACCAGGACACCACCUGGUGCACCAUCUGUGGACUGUGACAGACCAGUCCCUGUUGCUCCGACCCAGCGCCCUGAGAGCGUGUGCGAGCGAUGGAGGGCCAGCUUGAUUGAGCACUACGGCGGAAAACCAGAUCCGCAGCAGUACGUGCCUCAGUGUGAGCCCGAUGGACAAUUCAGUCCAGUCCAGUGUUACGGGGAGACUACUUACUGCUGGUGCGUAGACCAGGACGGGCGGGAGGUUCCUGGUACCCGAUCACAUGAUGUUGUCAAACCUGCAUGCCUCCCGUCAGUGGCCCCACCCAUCGUGCGGCCAUUGCCCCGCCCGAGUGUGACCCCUCCGCCAAACACUGACAUCACGCUGCUGUACGCUCAGGGACAGAAAAUAGGGGUGCUGCCUCUCAACGGGACCAGACUGGACGCAAGCCGCUCCAAGACUCUGCUGACUCUGCAUGGUUCCAUAGUUGUUGGUAUAGCCUAUGACUGCAAAGAGAACCAAGUCUAUUGGACAGACUUGUCUGCAAGAACAAUCAACAGAGCUUCGAUGGCGCCCGGAGCUGAGCCUAAGAUACUCAUUAACACAAAUCUGGUCAGUCCAGAAGGUUUGGCUGUGGACGUCGAUCGUCGACUGAUGUUCUGGGUCGACUCGAACCCUGACGUGAUCGAAAGGUCCAACCUAGACGGCAGCGAGAGGCAGACGCUGUUUGACACAGACCUGGUCAACCCCCGGGCCAUCAUAGUGGUCUCUUCCACGGGGACUCUGUACUGGACAGACUGGAACAGAGAGGCUCCUAAGAUCGAGAGCUCAUCGGUGGACGGUCAGAACCGCAGGGUGGUGGUGUCCGAUGGGGUCGGUUUGCCCAACGCUCUCACGUACGACUCCUCAUCCGGACAGAUCUGCUGGGCUGAUGCAGGUACAAAGCGUUUGGAGUGUAUAUCCCCCGACGGUUCAGGUCGCAGAGUGAUCCACUCCAGCCUCAACUACCCAUUCAGCAUGGUUUACUACAGGAACCACUUCUAUUACACUGACUGGAGGAGGGACGGUGUGAUCGCGGUGAGCAAAGACAGCAGUCAGUUCACCGACGAAUACCUGCCCGACCAGCGUUCUCACCUUUACGGCAUCGCCAUAGCAACUACCCACUGUCUAUCAGGGAGCCACUAACGACGGACGGGCAGCCGCAGAGUCCUUUGGUGCUAAAACUGUGGGGCAUUGUGAACAGAGGGCAGGAGCAGCGUCCUCUCCGAGUGUCCCUCAGAGGGAGUGACGAUAAGUAGGGAGCACGGUGAUUUCCUGUUGCUAGAUUGACCGUCAGAGCAAAUUUACAACCCUUCCACACACCCCGACCCCGUUAGCUCACCUUAAAGAUAUAACCCCAAAAUAAUUGUUUUGUAAAUUUGUUUUAUACCUCAUUUUUAGUUUGUUUUCUACUGUAUUUUUGUAUGGGAGUUAUUUUUUUGUUUUGUUUUGUUUUGUAUCGAUUAAAAAAAAAAAAAAAGAAAUUGAAUGAAAUUGGAUUUUAAAAUGUAUGAGUAUAGGUUUUCUGUUCUUUAAAGCCAAAGGAAAACGACAUGAAGAGCUUGAAAACAAACCGUUCAAGCCAAAGUUGUGUUGUGAAACUGAGCGUGAGGUUUGUCUCCGGUCACAGUAGCUGUAAAUUCAGCGUCUCAUCCGUCUUUUUCCUGUUAAACACACACUGAAGGGAUCAGGAUCAGGAACUACUAAUCAGAAUUUCACAAUUGAUGAAAUGACAUUAUUCUUUUUUUUUUUUUGCAAAAAUAUUUUUACUACUACUACUUUUCAAAUCUUUAUCUUUUUAUAAGA